UGGAUUUUGAUUUUGGAGAAUUUAUUGUUUGUCAAUUUCAAUUGUCAUACAAAUUUGUAUUUUAGGUGUGUAUUUUCAAUUUAGGCCUAAGUUACAACUACUACAGUUUAAAGAACCAUUUUUGUCAUCACAAAAUGGGUGGAAUGAGGUGGAUAUUGGGGACUGGGAGGACUGGAGUGAUAGUGAUAGUGAUUCAGGAGUUGAGAUUUUGGAUUUUGAUUCAGUUGAGGAACUGGCCAAUCAAGUGGGCCAGACUCAAGACACACCAAGAGAACUACUGGAAUCUACACAAAAAUUGGGCGUCUCUAAAUUUGAAUGGAUACCUAUUACACCAAAUGAGGAGAUGGAUGCACCCUCCUUCAGAAGGCGCUGAAAGGAAUACUAAUUAUAGGCCGCUGUACUCCGUAAAAGAACUUAAGGAAGAGCACCUAGUGAGAUAAGUGUGUGUCUGCCAUAUCAUCCGUUAAACAGCCAGGUUUUUGAAGGAAGAAAGAUGUAGCCCCAGCUCUGGACAAAAAUAUUAUGGAGAAGGUUGGCCGCUGUACAGGGCAGCUAUAGUUAUUAUUAUAUGUUGCCUUUUAUUGUUAUGUACUGUUUUUAUACUUUACCAAUAAACCUUAUAUUUAAUCUA